AUGGACCAUGGUAUACCGCUGAACAUCCACGCGAGACCCCGCCUGGUCGGCAGGAGACCGAACGCAAUUGUAAACAUAGAGACUGAUGUGUUCCAAGAGAAGUCUUACAAGCAGUACUCUUCGCAGCAUCUAAGGGAUGCUCUCAUUGCUGUCAAAAAAGGCUACUCGGUUUAUGCAGCAUCUAAUAAGUAUGGGGUCCCGAGGAAAACUUUGAGAAAUUGGAUGGAAAAGUAUGAUAUAAAAAGCCAGUAUUCGAAAGGUAGACGCGGAGCCAGAACCCAGAUCUUAGAUCCGUUAGAUCUUAUGGUUGAAACCAGGUCUGAGAAGUAUGAAGAAUCGCUGUGA